CGGAUGAGCAGCAGCCGAGCAGCAGCCUACCAGUCUAACACGCACACAAGGAUUGACUCCAGUAGAUUCAAUCCGAUCUCCUUAAAUACGUCGCGCUUGAUCUCGGUAACUUGGAUCUCCUCAUCGUCGAAAUCCGCAAAAGUAAAUCAUGGAUAUUAGUAAGUUCAAUCGUGACGAGCUAACACUGCUGGGAUCUGGUGCUUGCACUAUGGUUGCACUGCAUUUCUCAUCUCAACUCGUUUCACAACAUCUUUAUUACUGGAAAAACCCAAAGGAACAAAAGGCCAUAAUAAUGAUCGCUCUUAUGGCUCCUGUUUAUGCCAUGAACUCUUUUGUGGGUGUGCUGGAUAUCAAGGGAAGCAAACCAAUUUUCAUGCUGUUGGAUUCGAUUAAAGAAUGCUAUGAGGCUUUGGUCAUUGCUAAGUUUCUGGAUCUACUGUAUGGCUACUUGAAUAUAUCCAUUAGCGAAGAUAUAGUUCCUGAUGAAAUGAAGGGAAGGGAGAUUCACCAUACGUUUCCAAUGACUCUUUUCCAGCCUCGUACUACUCAUCUGAAUCACCAAACACUGAAACUUCUCAAGUACUGGACUUGGCAGUUUGUGGUUACACGGCCUGUAUGCUCAUUUUUGAUGAUCGGUAUGCAGUUACUUGGAAUGUAUCCUAGUUGGGUCAGCUGGACAUUCACUGCCAUUCUUAGCAUUUCCUUUUACGUGGCCAUGUAUUCUUUAGUAGUCUUUUACCACGUUUUCGCAAAAGAAUUGGCGCCACACAAGCCACUUGCCAAGUUCUUAUGCGUAAUUGGGACCGUCUUCUUUUGCUUUUGGCAGGGAGUAAUGCUAGACAUCCUAGUCAAAACGGGUGUUUUAAAAGCGCAUCAUUUCUGGCUGGACGUCGAGCAUGUUCAAGAAGCGAUUCAGAAUGUGAUGACAUGCCUUGAGAUGGUUGGAUUUUCCGUUAUUCAGCUAUAUGCAUUUCACUUUGAACCGUAUUCUGGAGAUGUGCAGACGAUGUUGCAGAAGGGGAAAAAGAACGAGUGAUAUACAAUUUGCAGCGGAGUCAUUUAAAACCAUGACGACAAGAUGUUGUAGAAAAACAUGUUUUUUUUAUUCAUUUUGAUUUUGUAGAGAAUGGUAAAUUAGUGUUGUAUUAUGUUCUCUCUUCAGCUGUUUUAACACACAGCCUUUCUAUAUGUCAGUGCUCUUCCUAAUCCUUGGUGCUCU